GAGACUAUUAAUUUUCAGUCAAAUGGCCAGACUUUUCCAAUCGCUCGCACAAACCGUCAAAAAAGCCAUUUUGUGAAACACACCAGGAAACUCCCCCUGAAACCCCUUGGAAAAUCACUCUGUACGUACACUUGAAAUUCCAUUGAACUUUUGUACCUUCAAAAAUUAUUCUCAUUCAUCCCAACCAAACCAAACCAAACCCACUUUCUAUAAAUCCCCCACACCCCAUUAUAAGAUCAAAGAAAAAACCCAAACACCAAUUUUUAGACCCAAAAUGGAAUCUAUCAUCAGAUCAAAAAGCAAGACCAAAAACCAACAAAUAUUCAAUACAAAACACCAAAUACCACCACCAAGGCCAAGGAACUUAUCAAUGUGCAAGAAGCACCCCAAACACCAACAAUCUCCGGGAGUUUGUUCGGUUUGCUUGAAUGAGAAGCUCAAAAAAUUAUCCAACUCCAGCUCGCGGCGCGCGACCGCAGCCGAUGAUCAUCAGUCUUCGUGUUCUUCGUCAUCUUUAUCUUCGCUGUCAUCUUCUUCGCAUUAUUCCGCCAGUGCUUCUUCGAAUUCCUCCCCGUUACACCACCGGCAUUACCGGUUGGAUUCCGAGGGAAGAGGGUUUUCGAUGACUUUGUUUAAAUCCGGAAAAAAUGUGCUCACGAAGAGUCGGUCGGUGGCUUUUAUCACCAGGAGGAGAGAAACCGCCGGAAGAGAGAUUGAUCAUGAGAAGAAAAAAGGAGGGUUUUGGUCCAAAUUAUUGUUGCGUCCCAACAGAAGCAAAAAGAUCAACAUGGAUGCCGGCGGAUUGGCUCUCUCCGGAACCAUGAACGAGAGGAGGGUCACAGCCGAAGUUCACUAACAGAUAUGGAGAAAAUUAAUUAAUUAAUAUAUUGCUCUCUUCUGAUUAAUUUGUUAGAUUGAUCAUUUCUAUGAUUGAUUUUUUUUUAUUUGUAUAUUGAUUUUCUUUUGGUUGUUAGGUGGAUUAAUGGGGGGUAUAGUGUAGGGAAUUUAAUCGAAUUGAUGAAGAGUUAGGAGAAGUAUGAAAUUAUGUGAAUAAGAUGAUUAAUUAAUUAUGAGAUGCUAGCUCUUAAUUCUUUUGUUUCUAUUUUUGUACAUUUAGUUCGUAAAUUUAUCAUUUUCAUCUGAUCCAUUUGAUAAGUUAUUAGCAUUUUUCUCUCAUUGUAUCUGUAUCUACGAUCAGUUUUAUUUGACGAGAGGUUGAUGUAGCUAGACAGUUGUUCUUAAUUUUGUUCGCUACAGAUGGAGUUUUGUUUCUUUCCAAAAUAAUUAUUUCUUCUUCUUUUCAUUCUUUUGUUUUUUGGUUGGAAAAUCCAAACUGGUAGUUAACUCAUCCAAUUUUAGUAUUCCUCAUAUUCUAAAGUUAUUGCCUUUGUUCGUCGUAAUAUUUAAUAUAUUAAUCAGAAUAAUUGUUUUGGGAUGGAGAUCGUUCAUUUUUAUAUUAAUGAUUAUAAUUUAAACAUUCACCUGUAUUCAUGAACUUAAAUCUUGAUAUUUCCUUUUUUUGGCUAUAUAUAUAUAUAUAUAUUGUUUUUUAGUUUAGAGUUUUCAUAAAUUUUU